CCCUUUACAUUUUUAGCAUUUCCGUGCUUGAGUAAACAUGAAAUUUUUAUUGACAAACCUGCUCACAGCCACACCCUCCCUCUCAUAUUUAAUUCUUUUGUUCGAUCUUUGGAGAGGGGUUUUGUGCAAUCCUUCAGGGUUUUGAUGUAGGGAUUUGAGAUGUACCAGUGAAGGAUGUGGUCUGUAAGAGGGCAUUGGAAGCAGAUGGAGAAAACAGUCGCUGGGAAGUGCCUCAAUCAAUUCUGGUCUGUUCUCUUGCCUCUCUGUCUGUUCUUGUUCAUAUCAGCGCUGUUCUUUGAUUUUUGUGGUUUAAAACAAGGAGUACUCAUCAAUUUUUCAGCCAGAGCCCCUAAAAUUUUUGGUCAAAUUCAUCCUAUAGUAGAUGAGUGUGUGGGUCAAUACAUUUAUGUUCAUAAUCUUCCUAGUCGAUUCAACGAUGACCUUCUGGAGGAUUGCCAUUCCAUUAAUCAAUGGUAUGAUAUAUGCGAGUAUCUAUCCAACUCGGGACUUGGUCCCCAGCUUUCAAAUUCUGGAGAUGUUGAUGAUUUUCCAAACAAGAGCUGGUUUGCCACAGACCAGUUCCUUCUGGAAGUGAUUUUCCGUACCAGGAUGAAGGACUACAAGUGCUUGACUAACGAUUCGGCCAUGGCUUCUGCUGUAUACGUGCCGUUUUAUGCUGGCCUUGAAAUCAGCCGACACCUUUGGGGUUUCAACGCAUCAGUCAGAGAUGCUGUUUCUAAUGAUCUGAUCAAGUUUUUAGUAGAGCAGCCCGAGUGGAAACGCAUGUGGGGUAAGGAUCAUUUCUUGAUUGUGGGCAGGGUUACAUGGGAUUUCAGGAGAAUGCCUAACAACGAAUCCUUUUGGGGUAGCAAUUUUUUGAGGCUGCCUGAAUCAGAGAACAUGACUAUUCUCGGGAUCGAAUCCAGCCACGGAUCAGACAAUGACUUUGGAAUACCCUAUCCGACAUACUUCCAUCCUUCGCAUGACAGUGAGGUGUUUGAAUGGCAGGAUAGGAUGAGGAGAAGGAGACGGCAGUACUUGUUCUCCUUUGCAGGGGCGGAUCGACCUCAAGAUGGGGAUUCUAUUCGGGGAGAGAUGAUGGAUCAGUGUCGAGCUUCAAGGGAUAAAUGCAAGUUGCUGGACUGUGCAUUUGAUAAGAAGAACAACUGCAAGACGAUUAAUGUGAUGCAGAUGUUUCAAAACUCUAGCUUCUGCUUACAGCCUACAGGGGAUUCAUUCACUCGGCGAUCGACUUUUGAUUCGAUUCUGGCAGGCUGCAUUCCUGUUUUCUUCCAUCCGGUUUCUGCUUACAGGCAGUAUUUGUGGCAUUUACCCAAGGAGCAUACAAAGUAUUCCGUGUUCAUUCCAAUGAAUUACAUAAGAGAGGGUAUAGUAAGCAUCGAGAAAGUCUUGCUUGGAAUUCCAGAACAGAGAAUGUUGGCCAUGAGAGAGGAAGUAAUAAGCCUAAUCCCUAAGAUCAUAUAUGCCAAUCCAAGUUCUAAGCUGGAGACAAUUGAAGAUGCAUUUGACAUAUCAAUAAGGGAAGUUCUUCAAAGAGUAAAGGAAAUGAGGAGUGUGGGGAGGGGGGAGAGAUCUACAGUGGGAUAAGCAAGAGAGGGUGGAUGUCUCCAUUUAUGGAGGCUAAAGCUUAUUCUUUUUUUCUUUCUUCAUUGCUGUCAUAGGCUCUUUCAAUUUCUGAUGUAUCGUAGAAGGGCUUCAAUUUUAAUAUAUGAUAAGAACUCUUUCAAUACCAAUAAUGAGAAGUAACCAAUAUUUGAGUCAUA